GAUUGCAAUGCAUAAGUCUUCAUGAAAUCUUGCAAAGAACAUUCUUUUUCUUUCUUCUCUCUUUCCUAUAAGAUACCCAGACCUUCCUGAUGAGGGUGUUUCUCCUGUUAUUUUCUAUCACUGUCGCAUUCUUCGCCAUUACAUUCAGAGACACACUCCUCACUACCAUCGAAUCAUUGACCACCGACUUCUUUGACACCAACACAACGUCUUUUAAAGGUCUUCCUCUUUUCCCACUUCGUUCUAUAUACAGAGCACCGAAAGCUGCAAACAUGACGGUCGCACGAACUAUCCGCAAGGCAUUUCUUGCAGUCGAGUAAGCUGAGGGAGCGAGUCCGCAGAUCUAUCGGCACGCCACAACUGAAGAACUUCUCUCCAUUCCUCAUGCUCGACCACUUUACGAUCAAACCAGGAGCAGGCUUCCCGGAUCAUCCACAUCGCGGGCAGGAGACGAUCACAUACUUGCUGGAAGGCGCAGUGGACCACGAAGACUUUGCUGGGAAUGCGGGCACAAUUAAGGCUGGAGACCUGCAAUUCAUGACUGCAGGCCGGGGCAUAAUGCAUGCAGAAAUGCCACGACAAAACCCUGACGAUAGCGCCAACGUGGGAAUGCAACUUUGGGUUGAUCUGCCAGAGAAGUUAAAGAAGUGCGAGCCACGGUACCGAGAUCUUCGAGCAAAGGAGAUUCCAAGUGUGGACGUAGAUGAUGGAAAGGUGCAUAUCAAGGUUAUCUCAGGGCAAAGCCAUGGAGUCGACAGCGUCAAGGAACUUGCGUAUACACCAGUUUGGAUUAUGGACAUCGAGAUCAAGCCGGGAGGCAAGGUUGUACAAAAUCUGCCUGAAGGAUGGAAUGCUUUUGCGUAUACUCUUAGUGGAAGCACGGCAUUUGGUGUUGGCAAGGACAAGACGAUCGUUGGACAAUACCACAAUGUUGUUUUUGAGCAGAAGGGGGAUGAAGUUGUAGCAGAAGUUGAGGAGGAGGCUAAGGAGAAUGAACAUUUCACGCUUUGUCACGUGGCCCCACUUUUCCUCUAUUGGCCGAGCCACUUCUCGGUUACUUGUAAACUACAAUAUGGGAAUUGGGAAUGUGGUUUCUGAAGCAUUUCAUUCACUUUAACUCUUUUCGGUUGCGAUUUUAGUCCCUAUUGCAAGUAUAAAGAGAUGGC